AUGAGUUCGGAUAACAACUUUAAAAGCCCCAUUUCGGGCAUGGAUAAAUACGGCGAACCACGAAUGAGACUAGCCGUUUUACUUCGCGAUAAAAUUUUGAAUAAACUUGACAUUCCGUGGACAAUUGAGAACGGAACGUUACUUGGCGCUUGGCGAAAUGGUCGCUUCAUAUUACACGAUGACGAUUUCGACAUUGCAAUGUUUUGCGAAAACGACCCAAAACCCAACAUUCCUUUUAUAUUGAGAAAAAUCAAAGAGCUACUGCCUGCUCCGUACGAAGCGAGAUACGUUUCAACGUACGCGGAUAAAAUCGAAGUUUACGAUCCAGGAUAUGGAGAAUAUAAUUUACUUGGGGCAAAAUACAACGGGGCUUCAUUUCAUCACUGUACAGUUGAUUUACAGUUCUACCAACGUGUCGGUGAGAAGUACAUAUCACUCUACUACAUAUAUCCAAUUACGAAAUCAGUUCACUACAAGGACAUGUACCCGUUGAGUAAUAUUAAACUCGAAGGGGAAAGUUUUCAAGCACCAUUUAAUACCGAAGGAUUCCUGACAAGUGUGUAUGGAAGUCUGUCGCCGAAAGCGAAAUUCAAUACGAUAACUGGUUAUUAUGAGGUCAGGGAGGACACUGCGAACAGACAAAUAUUGCUGCCUGCUUGA